UUCCAUCCAAUCGACCCCCAGUGUUUAACCCUCAAAGACGAUUUAUUAGUCUGCCCACGGAUCGUCCGGGCUAUGAUCGUUCGACGCAACCCACUGCACUAGUAGCUCAGGAGCGUUAGGUACCUCCCCGACGUACUAGGCCAGUCGCAAGUAACCAGCGUGGUCGACGAUACCCCGAACUUCCCUUCCAUACUCCCCAACGUAUCAAUCCACUUAGCCCGAACACCAGAAGACGUCUACAACGACCGGUCGCACCAUUGCCUGCGGCCCCAGAGCGCCCAGAGCGCGUGGUUCGUUCAAUGCCUGGAGCUUGGCCUUCGGAAUUAGAUGGAGAUGGCCGCGCAGAAGCGCAAUCGAAUAACAACAUGGCUUUUCCCACUCGAUUCGGCGCCAAUAUUUGCAACGCUGUCAAUUAUUUGCGAGACUCAUCCUAUAGUCUCUGCGUAACAUUGGGCAACAAGAUAUUCCAUUCACCUCGCCAGGCCUCUGUCAACGCGACAUUAUCGCCUCCUGAAGAUGGCGGACGCGCUCUUAAGCGUCGUCGAGUCGACGUUGAAGAUCUCCGAGGAACACCGGAGACCGAAGAACAAGCCGCACCUAGUCUAAUUGAUGAUCCUAUGGACAUUGACACUCCUAGCCCUAUUAAUAUCAACAUGAGAAAUACUCAAGUAGUGGCAUUAUCUGAGGAUACGAUGGAUAUUGAGAAGCAACAAGCAGACUUAGAAUCCUCACCGUCUGUAUCUCCUAUCAUUUCACCAAACUCCUCCGCCGCUAGCGCUGCUGCUAGAAGGGCAACUAAGCUAUUUCCUAAUGGAAAGAAGCUCUCGCCAAAGCGAGUUCAGAAACAAAAACCGACACCUCCACCCGAAGGCCUAUCAAGAACUCUCAAAGUGGAACAUCUGCCUGAUCCAGAGUGGAAGCCUUUACCUCCACCGAAGUACGCAAAUAUCCAAGAGUUUUUUGAGCACGAUGACGAGAUUUGCCUCCCCGGUUUAGAGCGCUUGAGGUUAACGCCAAAGACGACUAAGAUUUAUGAACUGGAUACUCAGCGUGAAGAACGAUUGCGCAUAGAGGAAGAGAAGGCCGAGAAGGAACGUCAAGAGCGCAUUCGUCAAGAAGAGGAGCGAUUGAAUGAAUCGCUUCGCCCUCUGGGUCUGCGAAGAGCAAGGUCGUCCCUUAUAACUCCACUUAGCCCCGACUGGGAGCAGAGAGCUAGGGCAUCGCCAGCGAAUGGUCGCACAGAGCAGCAUAAAUGGCAAGGAGCACGCCACCGAGAUGGCGUAGAACUGACGCCACAUGAUUUUGGAAGAUUAGUACCUUCGAAUGAGUGGUUGAAUGAUAACAACAUUCAAGCAGCCUUGGUUCACCUUGCAACCUAUAUCAACGAUAAAGCCGGCGUUCGUCCAAAGGUUGAUCCGCCAAAGUGCGUUGCGCUCUCAUCUCAAUAUUGGUCAAACUUCCGAGCCGAGCCUAGAAAGAACGUCUACCCCCGAGGAUUGGACCGAAACUGGGGCAUGAAGCCAGCCAACUUCCUUGACAUAGACACGGUGCUCAUCCCAGUUAAUCAGGGAAACCAUUGGACCGUUCUCAUUAUUCGACCUACACGACGCACAGUCGCUUACGUUGACUCGUUUCAUUCACCCGGGCCACGACACCUCACAGAUGCCAAGACCUGGCUGGAGACAUUUUUGGGCAAUAAAUACGUUGCCGAUGAAUGGCGCACAGAACAGUAUGAAGUACCAAACCAGACAAAUGGCUACGACUGUGGGAUGUUCGUCAUCACGAACUCUAUCUAUCUAUCGCUUGGAAUAGAUCCCAGCGGCUACUCACAGGAGGACAUGCCUCUUCAGAGGCUUCGAAUUGCUGCUGUUCUAUUAAACGGCGGCUUUACCGGUCCAUUUGACCUAUCACACUUGUGAUCACUCUCGAUCAGUAUCCAACACACAUGGUAUCGAUGUAUCCCAUCGUACACAACUUCACUUGUCGACACGCCUUUAAACCGAAGAGCAAGCGUCGCCAAAUCCUUACUGUUUAUUAUAAUAAUCCCUUGUACUUGGUCCGGAAUUGCAUCAAACUGGCGUUUUUUCUCGAAAUGUUUGGUCAUUGGUGACCGUUACACGCGGUUCGAGCCGCUUAGUAUCAUCAACUUAUUGAUAUUGGGGGAGGAGUACCCGUGCAAAUGACACGUGGUUUUGUUUUCUAUCGUUUCGAAACUGGGUUGGCAUCUUAAAGAUACCCCUUGAGGCAUGAAAGGACGGAGUCUGGAAAAUUCGGCUGGUUGGGAGGGAAUUGCAUUGGAAGGAGGAAUGCGCUCGCCCCAAAAAUAGGGAGCUGGAGCUGUUUUUGCGUGUUUUUGUUUUAUGGGAUUAUGGAACUGUCGCCGGAGUCAGGGAGUCUUCCGGCUUCCGUGCAAGCAUUAUUAUCUUGUUUCUAGGCUAUGGGAUGGAUGCCUACGCUCUGAAUUGUUUGGAAGAGCUGUGAAAACCCCUGCUAUGGGCUGCUGGAUGUUCGACAUAGUUGAUAAAAAUCAACGAAUGAUUUGAACACAACCAAUCAUAAUAUCUUGAUGCCGUUUCUGUGACAUGCGUGAAGUAGAGAUCUCUUAGAUCGUCUUC